UUUUGAGUGUGUGAUUCGCGCUCGGAGGAAGUGUGUCCCUUUAGGGGGCCCGUACGCCGGGUGCAAAAAGUGUCCCGCACGCCUGUCGAGAAAAUAAAGAUGGCGGCGCCCAGGAAGGCUGAAAGACUGUAACGCGCUGAGGCAAAGGAUAAAAGCCUCUUCCUCAACGUCAGGCCAACAGUUUGGGCAUCUGUACCUCAGCGUCUCUACUGAAGAGUUCCAAGGGAUGAUGCUGAGGAAUUUGAGGAGACUCCUUUGUCAGGGACACAAGCUGGAACAUGAUUGUUUUCUUCACACCAGUUCCCGGAAGCAAUGCACAGCAGCAAUCCAGGAUGUCCAAUUUCCACCAGAAAAGCCCAGAGUGAUCUUCCGUACCAGUGAGAGUGAUCCGGCCAACCACACGGAAGAGCAUGUGGGGCAGCAUUACAGCCUCCCACCCCAAGAGGUCAAGGUGAUGUUCCCUCACGGACUACCGGAACGCUUCAAGUUACAGGUGAAAACAUUCAACGAAGCCUGCUUCAUGGUGCGGGAGCCAGCCGUCGAACUCCUUACCUACUUGAAACACACCAACUUAGCCCACCCCGUCCUCCGAUAUGUCAUCUACGGUGAGAAGGGCACGGGGAAGACCAUGACCCUCUGUCACGCCAUCCAUUACUGUGCAAGGCAAAACUGGCUCAUUCUCCACAUUCCAGAUGCUCACCUCUGGGUGAAGAAUUGCAAAGAGCUGCUGCCGUCCUCUUACAACAAGGAGCGCUUCGACCAGCCCCUGGAAGCCUCGACCUGGCUGAAGAAUUUCAAAACCACCAACGAGCACUUCUUGAAAGAGAUCAAAACGCAACAGAAGUACGUGUGGAGCAACCGGGAGAGCACCGAGGAAGGCAGCCCCCUGGCAGAGGUGGUAGAGCAGGGUUUAAACCGGGUGAAAAAUGCCAGUGACGCCGUGGGGGUGGUCUUCAAAGAGCUGAAGCAGCAGUGCCCGCGUGGAUCCUUCAAGCUCCUGGUGGCUGUGGACGGAGUCAAUGCCCUUUGGGGACGGACGACGCUGGAGAAACCAGACAAGAGCGAGGUCUCCGUCAAGGAACUGACUCUGGUCCACAACCUAAAGAAGAUGGUAGCCAAUGACUGGACUGGGGGUGCCGUCGUGACGACCCUCAGCCAGACUGGUGCUCUCUUCCAGCCCCGCAGAGCUUACCUGUUCCAUGAUUUGUUGGGAAAGGAGGGUUUUGAUGCCUUGGAUCCCUUCGUCCCCAUCCACGUUCUCAACUAUACUGACCGGGAGUUUGAGAGUUGCUACCAAUACUACUUGGAGCGCAAGUGGCUCCAGCAUGAAAAAGCCAGCACAGACGGAGGCCGGAUGGAGCUUCGGUUCCUCUCUGGAAGGAAUCCUGGACUGUUGGACCGAAUCAGCUCUUUCUUGUGACGUCAUGGUUGCUCCCUUCCCUCAUAAGAUUGUGGCAUCGCAUCCUGAAGAACUCCUACUCAAUUAAAAAACAAAAAAUCUCCUCCA